GAUGUGGUGUAUAAAAGCGAGAAUGGACAUGUCAUUAAACUGAAUAUAGAAACAAAUGCUACCACAUUAUUAUUGGAAAACACAACUUUUGUAACCUUCAAAGCAUCAAGACAUUCAGUUUCACCAGAUUUAAAAUAUGUCCUUCUGGCAUAUGAUGUCAAACAGAUUUUUCAUUAUUCAUAUACUGCUUCAUAUGUGAUUUACAACAUACACACUAGGGAAGUUUGGGAGUUAAAUCCUCCAGAAGUAGAGGACUCCGUCUUGCAGUACGCGGCCUGGGGUGUCCAAGGGCAGCAGCUGAUUUAUAUUUUUGAAAAUAAUAUCUACUAUCAACCUGAUAUAAAGAGCAGUUCAUUGCGACUGACAUCUUCUGGAAAAGAAGAAAUAAUUUUUAAUGGGAUUUCUGACUGGUUAUAUGAAGAGGAACUCCUGCAUUCUCACAUCGCCCACUGGUGGUCACCAGAUGGAGAAAGACUUGCCUUCCUGAUGAUAAAUGACUCCUUGGUACCCACCAUGGUUAUCCCUCGGUUUACUGGAGCAUUGUAUCCCAAAGGAAAGCAGUAUCCGUAUCCUAAGGCAGGUCAAGUGAACCCAACAAUAAAAUUAUAUGUUGUAAACCUGUAUGGACCAACUCACACUUUGGAACUCAUGCCACCUGACAGCUUUAAAUCAAGAGAAUACUAUAUCACUAUGGUUAAAUGGGUAAGCAAUACCAAGACUGUGGUAAGAUGGUUAAACCGACCUCAGAAUAUCUCCAUCCUCACAGUCUGUGAGACCACUACUGGUGCUUGUAGUAAAAAAUAUGAGAUGACAUCAGAUACGUGGCUCUCUAAGCAGAAUGAGGAGCCCGUGUUUUCUAGAGAUGGCAGCAAAUUCUUUAUGACAGUUCCUGUUAAGCAAGGGGGACGUGGAGAAUUUCACCACAUAGCUAUGUUCCUCAUUCAGAGUAAAAGUGAGCAAAUUACCGUGCGGCAUCUGACAUCAGGAAACUGGGAAGUGAUAAAGAUCUUGGCAUACGAUGAAACUACUCAAAAAAUUUACUUUCUGAGCACUGAAUCUUCUCCCAGAGGAAGGCAGCUGUACAGUGCUUCUACUGAAGGAUUAUUGAAUCGCCAAUGCAUUUCAUGUAAUUUCAUGAAAGAACAAUGUACAUAUUUUGAUGCCAGUUUUAGUCCCAUGAAUCAACAUUUCUUAUUAUUCUGUGAGGGUCCAAGGGUCCCAGUGGUCAGCCUACAUAGUACAGACAACCCAGCAAAACAUUUUAUAUUGGAAAGCAAUACUAUGCUGAAGGAAGCUAUCCUGAAGAAGAAACUAGUAAAGCCGGAAGUUAAAAUCCUUCAUAUUGACGACUAUGAACUUCCUUUACAGUUGUCCCUUCCCAAAGAUUUUAUGGACCGAAACCAGUAUGCUCUUCUGUUAAUAAUGGAUGAAGAACCAGGAGGCCAGUUGGUUACAGAUAAGUUCCAUAUUGACUGGGAUUCCGUACUCAUUGACAUGGAUAACGUCAUUGUAGCAAGAUUUGAUGGCAGAGGAAGUGGAUUCCAGGGUCUGAAAAUUUUGCAGGAGAUUCAUCGAAGAUUAGGUUCAGUAGAAGUAAAGGACCAAAUAACAGCUGUGAAAUUUUUGCUGAAACUGCCUUAUAUUGACUCCAAAAGAUUAAGCAUUUUUGGAAAGGGUUAUGGUGGCUAUAUUGCAUCAAUGAUCUUAAAAUCAGAUGAAAAGCUCUUUAAAUGUGGAUCAGUGGUUGCACCUAUCACAGACUUGAAAUUGUAUGCCUCAGCUUUCUCUGAAAGAUACCUGGGGAUGCCAUCUAAGGAAGAAAGCACUUACCAGGCAGCCAGUGUGCUACAUAAUAUUAAUGGCUUGAAAGAAGAAAAUAUAUUAAUAAUUCAUGGAACCGCUGACACAAAAGUUCAUUUCCAACACUCAGCAGAAUUAAUCAAGCACCUAAUAAAAGCUGGAGUGAAUUAUACUAUGCAGGUCUACCCAGAUGAAGGUCAUAAUGUAUCUGAGAAAAGCAAGUAUCAUCUCUACAGCACAAUCCUCAAAUUCUUCAGUGAUUGCUUGAAGGAAGAAAUAUCUGUGUUACCACAGGAGCCAGAAGAAGAUGAAUAAUGGACCAUAUUUAUACAGAACUGAAGGGAAUAUUGAGGCUCAAUGAAACCUGACAAAGAGACUGUAAUAUUGUAGUUGCUCCAGAAUGUCAAGGGCAGCUUAUGGAGAUGACACUGGAGAAGCACGCUCAGAGACAGUGAACUAGCAUUUGAAUACAGAAGUCGAGGUCUACUGUGUUGCCAGGGGUGCAGAACCCAUUUCUUUGUAUAACAGAGGUCAAAGGGUUGGUUUCCUGGGAGAAAUUAGUUUUGCAUUAAAGUAGGAGUAGUGCAUGUUUUCUUCUGUUAUCCCCUGUUUGUUCUGUAACUAGUUGCUUUCAUUUUAAUUUCACUGGCCACCAUUAUCUUUGCAUAUAAUGCACAAUUUAUCAUCUGUCCUACAGUCCCUCAUCUUUCAUGGCUGAGCUGCAAUCUAACACUUUACUGUACCUUUAUAAUAAGUGCAAUUCUUUCAUUGUCUAUUAUUAUGCUUAAGAAAAUAUUCAGUUAAUAAAAAACAGAGUAUUUUAUGUAAUUUCUGUUUUUAAAAAGACAUUAUUAAAUGGGUCAAAGAACAUGUAGAAAUGUGGAUUUCAGCACCUUCCAAAGUUCAGCCAGUUAUCGGUAGAUACAAUAUCUUUAAAUGAACACACGAGUGUAUGUCUCACAAUAUAUACACACACGUGUGCAUAUACAGUUAAUGAAACUAUCUUUAAAUGUUAUUCAUGCUGUAAAGGGUAAACUUUUUAUGAAUUAGAAGAGAUGCUCUUUUCCAAGCUAUAAUGGAUGCUUUGUUUAAUGAGCCAAAUAUGAUGAAACAUUUUUUCCAAUUCAAAUUCUAGCUAUUGCUUUCCUAUAAAUGUUUGGGUUGUGUUUGGUAUUGUUUUUAGUGGUUAAUAGUUUUCUAGUUGCAUUUAAUUUUUUGAAUAUGAUACCUUGUCACAUGUAAAUUAGAUACUUAAAUAUUAAAUUAUAGUUUCUGAUAAAGAAAUUUUGUUAACAAUGCAA